AUGGAGACGAGCGAGAGUACACAGAAUGGCCCUCCUAUCAAUGCGAGAAGAACCCCAAAGUCUCGCAAUGGGUGCAUGCGUUGCAAGGCGAAACGAUUGAAAUGUGAUGAGAGGAAACCCGAGUGUUAUCAAUGCAAUCGGAAGAAUAUUGCCUGUCCAGGCUACAAAGCUAAGCCGCUUGUCUGGUCGACCAAACACGAGAAACUGCUGGUUCCAAAUACGACAAGCCCUUUACUUCCCCCGCAACAGGCUAUCCCUCCCUCUCAGCAACCUGGAGAAUCCCCUCCGACCAGGCAAGAUCCAGAAAUCUCGAAUCCCCUUGACGCGACUACUUCUCAGCAGCAGAUGGAAGGAAAUCAGGAUGGGAACACCCCCAUGUUUAAUCUAUCAUCGCCGGGCCGAAGAUCCUCUACGGCUAGUUCACCCAGCCAGACAAGUGUCCGACGCGACUCAAUCCCCACCACUGAUAGUCUCUCCGCGAUCCGGCAACAACUGCACCGUUCCACGGUUCCCGAAUUCCUUCUGCAUAUCCCGACAAUGCUUGUCGAGUACUACUUCAACUACGUAUGCCAGAUCUUCUCCUCGUUUGACGGCACGCUCAAUCCGUUCCGGUCAACAGUAGCGAAGCUGUGGGAUGGCUCUGCUCCCAUAUACUACGCCAUUCAAAGCAUGGCUGCGGCAUACCUCUCCAACCACUUUCCUCGCAUGUCACCUGUCGGCGUGCAGAUGCAAAGAGAGACCUAUAGAUAUCUGUACCAGGUCCAGCAAGGGGUCAACCAAAAUGAGAACCUUGACAAGACACUUCUAACUGUAUUGUUGAUUGGCCAGACCACUGCCUGGCAUGAUCCAAAGGAUCUUGGCCUCGUCCACCUGAAGACAGCCAAGCGUCUGAAUCGGCGUAGAAUUGAGCAGCAAAUGUCACAGGCAACUGGGACUACUAUUGACACCAGAAUCAAACGUCAGAAUGCAUUUUUCGAGCAAUGCAUCUUGUACUGGGAUAUGCUUGCAGGGUUCGUUGAGGAUGAUGUGGAUGAAUUUGGUUUUGGCGAUUUUGGUAACUUUGAAUCGGCCAGUUUACCCGGAGACGACGCAAAUGGAUCAAGUGAUGCCAAGGAAAAUAUCUUCCCCCAUCCUUGGACAGGUGUAGCUCCCAAAGUACAAAGGCUGUUUGCCCAGGUCGGCCGUCUGAUUCGAAGUUAUCGCAAGUCCAUUGCUGAGGACGCCGCAUCGUUAGACUUUCUCUCCUUAGACGUUGGGUUCGACAUUCAGUAUAGUCAAGACUCUGCCACUACGAUCGAAGCCAUAGCGAAAGCACAAAGUCUAGAAGAAGAACUUCUAGCUUUCGAACCACCAUCAGUAUCCAACCUGGUGGAUGCAGGCGACGAAAACACACCCGUUCAACAAUACAUUCAUCUCGCAGAAGCGUAUCGCUGCGCCGCGCUCCUCGAAAUAUAUCGCAUCUUUCCCUCGGUCCUCCUCCGGCGUGUACCUUUAACCAACACUUCCCUCGCAUCCUCCAGCAACGAUGCAACCCAACAAGCCUUCGACUUCCUCCUAAUGCCUUCAUCCCAACCACCAGAAGAAUUCCUGAUCUCGCUCGCCCUUCAUACCAUCUCUCUCCUCGAGAAACUCCCUCCAAAUUCCGGGACACGCUGUCUCCAACCCAUCGUGAUCAUCGCUGCUGCCACCGAGCUCCGUUUCUCACCGGCGUCGAUACCUGACCCGACGGCGCCAUUUGCAUCUGGCAGCUCGGUCUUCAACAGUCUUACUAUGCGGGAGGUCGAUAUCGCCUCCGCGCGGCGUUUUGUCGUCACCAGACUUCAAGAAUUCCAACUGUCGUUGCCGGCGAAACCGGUCGUCAUUGCGUUGCAGCUGAUUCAGGAGACGUGGGCAAGGGCGGAUAUGGGACAGGAUAUGUACUGGAUGGACGUCAUGGCUGAGAUGGGAUGGGCGUCGAUAUUCGGAUGA